AUGACUAGCCAGUGUCUCCUGUUGUUCUCAGCCCUCCUCUUUAGUCUGGCCCAUGCAGAACAAAUCUUCCAACCUGGUCUGGUUCUGGAUAUGGCCAAGAUCUUAUUGGAUAAGUACUGCUUCCCAGAAAACCUAAUGGGGAUGCAAGAAGCAAUUAAACAAGCAAUCAAGAGUGGAGAGAUCUUGGAUAUCUCCGAUCCCCAAAUGCUGGCCAGCGUCCUGACGGCAGGUGUUCAGGGCUCUCUCAAUGACCCACGGCUGGUGAUCUCUUAUGAGCCCAGCACCCCCGAGGCUCCCCAGCAAGGCCCCAAAUUCACCGGCCUCACUCAGGAGGAACUACUCACCUUGCUCCAGCAAAUGAUCAAGUACCAGGUACUGGAGGGUAAUGUGGGUUACCUGAGAGUGGACUACAUCCCUGGCCAGGAGGUGGUAGAGAAAGUCGGGGAGUUCCUGGUGAAUGAUGUCUGGAAGAAGCUCAUGGGGACCUCUUCUCUGGUGUUGGAUCUCCAGCACAACACGGGAGGCGAAGUUUCAGGAAUCCCGUUUGUCAUUUCCUACCUACACCAGGGGGAUAAUCUGCUGCAUGUAGACACAGUUUAUGACCGGCCAUCAAACACCACCACAGAGAUCUGGACCCUGCCCCAGGUGCUGGGUGAGAGGUACGGUGGGGAGAAGGACGUGGUGGUCCUCACCAGCCAUCACACGGUCGGGGUAGCAGAGGAUAUUGCCUACAUCCUCAAGAAGAUGCGCCGGGCCAUUGUGGUGGGAGAGCAGACUCUGGGAGGGGCCCUAGAUCUCCGGAAGCUUCGUAUUGGUCAGUCAGACUUUUUCAUCACUGUGCCCGUGUCCCGUUCUCUGAGCCCCCUCAGUGGGGGGAGCCAGACGUGGGAGGGCAGUGGGGUGCUACCCUGUGUGGGGAUUCCAGCAGAAAAGGCCCUAGAGAAAGCCCUGGCCAUCCUCACCCUCCGCAGGGCGAGACCAGGAGCCAUUCAGCGUCUCAUGGAAGUCUUGCAGAAUUACUACACCCUGGUCGACAGAGUACCUGCCCUGCUCCAUCACCUUACUGCCAUCGACUAUUCCUCAGUGCUCACAGAGGAGGAUUUGGCUGCCAAACUCAAUGCAGGACUACAGGCUGUGUCCGAGGACCCCAGGCUCCUCGUACGGGUUCUGAGGCCUGAGGAAGCCGCGGCUGGGGCCGAACCUAGAGAGGAAGCUGCUUCCACUGCAUCCGUGUCAUUGCCUGAGGGUGAAUCCCAAAGGCAGGCCCUGGUAAACUCUGUGUUCCAGGUGUCAGUGUUGCCAGGUAACGUGGGCUAUCUGCGGUUUGACGAGUUUGCAGACUCCUCGGUCCUUGGCGCACUGGCUCCCUAUGUGCUACGACAGGUCUGGGAGCCCCUUCAGGACACGGAUCAUCUCAUCAUGGAUCUCCGCUACAACCCCGGAGGGCCUUCCUCAGCAGUGCCAUUGCUCCUGUCCUAUUUCCAGGACCCGGCAGCAGGCCCUGUUCGCCUCUUUGCCACCUACGAUCGCCAGACCAACCAAACACAGGAGUACCGCAGCCGGGCACAGCUGCUAGGCAAACCCUACGGAGCUCAGCGAGGGGUCUACCUGCUCACUAGCCACCAUACCGCCACAGCGGCAGAAGAGUUUGCUUUCCUCAUGCAGUCCCUGGGCCGGGCCACGCUGAUUGGAGAAAUCACCGCAGGCAGUCUCAUGCACACCCGUACCUUUUCUCUGCUGCAGCCUCCCGAUGGGAGCCUGGUUCUCACUGUGCCCAUUCUCACUUUCAUUGAUAACCACGGGGAGUGCUGGCUUGGAGGAGGAGUUGUACCCGAUGCCAUAGUCUUGGCUGAGGAAGCUCUGGACAAAGCCAAGGAGGUAAUAGAAUUUCACCAGAGGCUAGGGGCAUUGGUGGAAGGCACAGGACACCUCCUGGAGGACCAUUAUGCUCUCCCAGAAGUAGUUGGGCAGGCCAGCGCCUUGUUAAGAGCCAAGCUAGUCCAUGGGACCUACCGCACAGCUGUAGACUUUGAGUCAUUAGCAUCCCAACUCACCAGUGACCUGCAAGAGGUGUCUGGGGACCACCGUCUACAUGUAUUCCACGGUCCAGGGGAGCCAGUCCCUGAGGAAUUGUCCCCACCCCACAAAGGGGUCCCUUCCCCUGAGGAGCUGACUUACCUCAUCGAGGCCCUCUUCAAGACAGAGGUGCUACCUGGGCAGCUGGGCUACCUCCGCUUUGACAUGAUGGCGGAGGCAGAGACAGUGCGAGCCAUCGGGUCACAGCUGGUAGAGCUGGUAUGGGAGAAGUUGGUGAACACAGAAGCAUUGGUGGUGGACCUGAGGUACAACCCUGGGAGCUACUCCACCACUGUGCCCCUCCUCUGCUCCUACUUCUUCGAAGCUAAGCCCCGUAAGCACCUGUAUACCAUCUUUGAUCGGGCAACCUCCCAGGUCACAGAGGUUUGGACUCUGCCUCAGGUGGCUGGAGAGCGUUACGGUUCCCAGAAAGACCUGUACAUCUUGAUCAGCCACACCAGUGGUUCUGCAGCUGAGGCCUUUGCUCACACCAUGAAGGACUUGCAUCGGGCCACAGUCAUCGGUGAGCCCACAGCAGGAGGGGCCCUUUCAGUGGGCAUUUACCAGGUGGGUAACAGCCCCCUUUAUGCUUCCAUGCCCACCCAAGUGGCCAUCAGCCCAGUCACUGGCAAAGCCUGGGAUAUGGCUGGGGUUGAGCCUGAUGUCAGCGUGCUGGCAAGUGAGGCCCUCAUCACCACCCAGGGCAUUGUUGCCCUUCGUGCCAAGGUGCCCACCAUUCUACAGACAGCUGGAAAGCUUGUUGCUGAUAAUUAUGCCUCCCCAGAGGUGGGGUCCAGAGUGGCAGCAAAGCUGGCAAGACUCCAGACCCAGUAUGGGCAAGUCAUCUCAGAAGGGGAACUGGCUGACAUGUUGGGGGCAGAUCUGCAGACUCUUUCUGGAGAUAGACACCUGAAGACCGCCCAUAUCCCAGAGGACUCCAAGGACCGCAUCCCUGGGAUUGUUCCCAUGCAGCUUCCUUCUCCUGAAGCCUUUGAAGAUCUGAUCAAGUUUUCCUUCCAUACCAAUGUGUUUGAGGGCAACAUCGGCUACCUGAGGUUUGACAUGUUUGGAGACUGUGAGCUGCUCACCCAAGUCUCUGAUCUCCUGGUAGAGCACGUCUGGAAGAAGAUCGUGCGCACGGAUGGGAUGAUUAUUGACAUGAGGUUCAACAUAGGAGGUCCCACCUCCUCCAUCUCGGCUCUGUGCUCCUACUUCUUUGAUGAAGGUCAAAAGAUCCUUCUGGACCGGAUCUACAACAGACCCAAUGCUUCCAUCAGUGAAAUCUGGACACAGCCUCAUGUUGCAGGUGAACGAUAUGGUUCCAAAAAGAGCGUGAUCAUUCUCACCAGCAGCAUGACAGCGGGUGCUGCAGAAGAGUUUGUAUACAUUAUGCAGGGGCUCAGGAGGGCUUUGGUCAUUGGGGAAGUGACCAGCGGUGGCUGCCAACCCCCACAGACCUACCAUGUGGAUGACACUGACCUCUACAUCACCAUCCCUACUGCCCAAUCAGUUGGCUCUGGAGACAGACCCUCCUGGGAGGGAGUAGGAGUGGCCCCUCAUGUGGAGGUUCCAGCUGACCAAGCCCUAAGCAAAGCCAAGGAGAUGUUCACCCAUCAUUUGCAGAGGGCAAAAUAG